CAGUAACGUGAACUCGUCGGAAAGGUAACGUUAGACUAGCGACAGAUAACGAGCUGAGACAGUGAUAUACAACAAAACCAGCACGGAGGAACAUAUAAAGCUCAACUACCAGUCUCGCUGAUGUUGUUUUAUUCUUUCAGACUGGAUGUAGAAGACUUCGGGAUAAAGCUAGCCGCUGUAAGUUACCGUUAGCUCGUCGAACAAAGCCAGAACGCGAUUCUCCGGCCAGAUAACUUCAUCCCAGACGUCCUCAGUCUGGAGGUCUGAUAAGUGUUUUCGCGGGAGUCUUCUCUUAACUGCGCGUGCUGAUGAUCGAUCACACAACAUGUAAGGUUAGCGCUGUGUUUAGUCACGUGACCAGAUGAUCAGAGACCGGGAGAGAAUCUUGAAGACGUCUCGAGAUGUGUCCUGUGUUUGAUUGACAGUCAUGGGAGGCUGCGUGGGGCGCGAGCGCGAGGAGUCACGUGGACGUGCAUCGAGGAAGCGCGGAGGUCGUAAUGAGCCGCUGAAGAAAGACAAGCCCAAGUGGAAGAGUGAUUACCCCAUGACAGAGGGCCAGCUCCGCAGUAAGAGAGAUGAGUUCUGGGACACGGCUCCAGCGUUCGAGGGCCGGAAGGAGAUCUGGGACGCCCUGAAGGCCGCCGCUGUGGCUCUGGAGUGUAACGAUCAUGAACUGGCUCAGGCUGUGGUGGACGGAGCCAACAUCACGUUACCACACGGAUCCCUGACCGAGUGUUACGACGAACUAGGAAACCGUUACCAGCUACCGGUGUAUUGUCUGGCUCCGCCGGUCAAUCUGAUCACCGAAAGAAGCGAAGAAGACCUGUCUGAAAACCCCGAGCCCCCUUCCACACAGAAGAAAGAGUUCCAGCUGAAAGUACGGCUCUCCACCGGCAAAGACGUGCGUCUGAACGCCAGCAUGACCGACACCAUCGGCCUGCUCAAGAAACAGCUGCAAGCUCAGGAGGACAUCGACCCCAUCCACCAGCGCUGGUUCUUCUCCGGGAAGCUCCUCACAGACAAGACCCGCCUGCAAGACACCAAGAUCCAGAAGGACUUUGUUAUCCAGGUCAUCGUGAACCAGCCCACGCCGAACCACUAGGAUGGACUACACCGGGAUAGAGGACCAAACCACAGCAGCUGAGAGAACAUCGAGCAACUCGAUCCAAACGCAGCGGACUGCAUCUGCGC